UUUGACUUUGUUGAACGUGUCAGUCAUUAUACGAGACACUCAACAGCAUCUGAAGGUAUCGUUGCAUGUUAUUUCGUCAAAUUAUCUACAAGUGAUUUGAGCUUGAGGAUAACUAAAGUUGAAAAGAAAGGAAUAAAAACAGAAGACGUAAGAAUGGCAUUAAACAAACUCAGCAUAGAUAAGGUGGAUCUCGCCGACAAAAGGGUUCUUAUGCGAGUGGAUUUUAAUGUACCACUUAAAGAAGGAAAAAUAACAAACAACCAAAGAAUCGUUGCUGCUUUAGAUUCAAUAAAGUAUGCACUUGAUAAGAAAGCAAAAUCGAUUGUUUUGAUGUCCCACUUGGGCCGUCCAGAUGGGAAAAAAGAUGCAAAAUAUACAUUAAAACCUGUUGCGGAGGAAUUGAAAACACUUCUGGGAAAAGAUGUGCAAUUUUUGGAUGAUUGUAUUGGCCCUGAUGUGGAAGCGGCAUGUGCUAAUCCACCAAAUGGAACAAUUAUUUUGUUAGAAAAUUUAAGAUUUCAUAUUGAAGAAGAAGGAAAAGGAAUUGGUCCAGAUGGAAGCAAAGUAAAAGCUGACAAAGAUAAUGUCACGAAAUUUAGAGAGUCUUUGAGAAAGCUAGGGGAUGUUUAUAUAAACGAUGCUUUUGGAACUGCCCAUCGUGCUCAUAGUUCCAUGAUGGGAGAUAAUUUUGAUGUUAGAGCUAGUGGUUUUCUUCUCAAGAAAGAAUUGGAAUAUUUUGCCAAAGCUUUAGAUAAUCCAGAACGUCCAUUCUUAGCUAUCUUAGGAGGAGCAAAAAUUACUGAUAAAAUCCAAUUAAUUAAUAAUUUACUAGACAAAGUUAAUGAAAUGAUUAUAGGCGGAGGAAUGGCCUUUACAUUUUUGAAAAUUUCAAAGAAUAUGAAAAUAGGCAGCUCUUUAUUUGAUGAAGAAGGUGCAAAAAUUGUAAAUGAUUUAUUGGAAAAAGCAAAGAAAAGUAAUGUUCAAAUUCACUUGCCAGUAGACUUUAUAACAGCAGAUAAAUUCGCAGAAAAUGCGGCCGUAGGUGAAGCUACUAUAGAAACUGGUAUACCUGAUGGUUGGAUAGGUUUGGAUAUUGGACCAAAGUCUAGGGAGUUAUUUGCAGAACCAAUUAAAAGGGCAAAAGUAAUAGUAUGGAAUGGACCAGCUGGAGUGUUUGAGUUUGAAAAUUUUAAUAAAGGCACAAAGAGUUUAAUGGAUAAUGUUGUAGAAGCUACUGGUCGUGGUACGAUUACUAUUAUAGGUGGUGGUGAUACAGCAACUUGUGCUGCUAAAUGGAAAACCGAAGACAAAGUGAGUCAUGUGAGCACAGGUGGUGGUGCAAGUUUAGAAUUACUUGAAGGGAAAGUAUUGCCUGGUGUAGCAGCACUCUCUCCAUCUUGAAGUAUUAUUGGCAAAAAGAUAUGAAUAUAUGUACUAGUUCCAGUUAAAAUUAUAUAUUGCUUAAUGUAUGUAUUCUCAUACAAACACAACUAGAAUUAUUGAAUAUUCAGAAGUUUAUUUUCUCAUGUUUCAUAGGACAAAACUAUAUCAUAAUUUAUCUGAACAAAUAAAUUGGCUAUCACAUGUAAAAUGUUAUUACUAUCCUAAUAAAAAUAAAAUGUUUACAGGAAAA